CCAUCAACAGCAGCAUUUACAACUUAAAUACUAAUACAUCCUCAUCAACUCUACGACCAACUUCAUCCUCGCUUCUCUCUUCCUCUCCGCACUAGACAUAAUAAUAAUAAUACCCGAGACAUAACAGUCGCUCCUCAAAUUCCAACCUUCAGCCUUUCAACCACAUACGAAAAUGCAGUUCUCCAAGCUCAUCCAGCUCCUUUCCCUUGCCGUCGCCUCCUCGGCUACCACAGUCUCCUACGACACCGGCUACGAUGACGGAUCCCGCUCCCUAACGGUCGUCUCCUGCUCCGACGGCCCCAACGGCUUGAUCACGCGCUACGGCUGGCAGACGCAGGGCAACAUCCCAAGCACGUACAUCGGCGCCGCCGAGGCCAUCGCCGGCUGGAACUCUCCUUCCUGCGGCACCUGCUGGGAACUAAGCUACAACGGCAAGACCAUCAACGUCUACGCCAUCGACCACGCCGCCGCCGGCUUCAACAUCGCCCUCGACGCCAUGAACGCCCUGACAAACGGCCAAGCCGUUGCCCUCGGCCGCGUCGAAGCUACUUCCCGCCAGGUCGACGUCAGCGCCUGCGGCGUCUAAGCUGCCACCCCACUCAUUCACUCAUCACCACGUUCACGCAUAUUCUUAUGAUGAAGAAGAAAAAAGACGGAGUUUAUUUUCGGUGACGGGAGCGCAUGGCGAAAGGACCCGGUGUUUGGUUACGGAUCGGAGUUUUUAUUUCGUUUUAUUUUAUAUAACGCGCACUGACUGACGUAUAUGUAUAUACACCUACUACCUACUACCUACCUCAGGUACUUAAUGUUCAUUCCUUAAUCACGCAUACUUCGAAAUAAUUGUUAUACCAUGGCAUCAUUUGGAUGUCGCGGGCUUUAUUGCCUACUAUUGU